UAAUAACAACCAAUACGCUCUGAAACUUUGUUGAACGCGGUCGUGCCUUUCCGUAUUUCGUCUUAACGUUCCGUUUACCGUGAUAUCCAAUCCAUUUGGCCUUUUGAGUGGACAGUGCAUCGUAGCGUUGUUGUGCAUACCGAAUAGCGAUAUAACCCAACCUCCAUUUCGACCAGCAUUUUAAGCCAGGCUCCCUGCAAACCCGCAAACCCGUUUCACCAGCAGCAACAUGUCGUCCAACCGUGCACCCAAGUCUGGUUUUGCCGCCGAGGCCCAACGCAAAAUAAACUCAAAGUACAGCGAGGAGCUGGCCCAGGAAUCCCUGGAGUGGAUCAAGUCGGUGACCGCUGAGCCCAUCAACACAUCCGGCGACACGGACAACUUCUUCGAAGUGCUCAAGGAUGGCGUGAUUCUGUGCAAACUGGCCAAUGCCCUGCAGCCGGGAUCCAUCAAGAAGGUGAACGAGAGCAAAAUGGCUUUCAAGUGCAUGGAGAACAUCUCGGCCUUCUUGGAGUGUGCCAAGAACUUUGGCGUCCCCACCCAGGAGACCUUCCAGAGCGUUGAUCUCUGGGAGCGCCAGAAUCUGAACUCUGUGGUUAUCUGCCUGCAGUCGCUGGGUCGCAAGGCCUCGAACUUCAACAAGCCCUCGAUUGGACCCAAGGAGGCAGACAAGAAUGUGCGCAACUUCAGCGACGAGCAGCUGCGUGCCGGCCAGAAUGUCAUCUCACUGCAGUAUGGAUCCAACAAGGGCGCCACCCAGUCGGGCAUCAACUUUGGCAACACCAGGCACAUGUAGAUCAGCGACAGCAUCAGUCUACCACUUCACGUCACUCAUCUCCAGUCUCAGACAUUCCGCAAUAAAGCCAAAACCAAAAGCCAACAUCUUCCGCUGCGGCUACCUUCCGUAGUUUUGGCACUUAAUCCUCCUUGAUUUGGGUCUAGUUCAGGUUUAAUUAUGACAUUUUGAGAGCAGAACACGAUGAAAUAUGUAGAGAGCAGCGCGAAAGCAGCAACGAUUAUAUAUUUAUGAUACCAAUUUGUAUUUGUAUUCCAAUUGUAGCAGGCGAAUGCUGUUAUGUUAUAAAAAACUACAUUUAUUUUAAUAUUAUUACUCGUAAGUACUCACGGAUUUCUUAGAAUGACUUAUUAUAUUUUCAACAUUUGCAUUCCGCAUUCCUGGCACUCCACUCGAUCAUCUUAUUCCUUUGGUAAUAUCGUUCUUAAGUCUCCCCCACACCACCACUGCACUCGGUUUGUGUGCCAUCGAAGGACAAUUUGAAAUUGUCCCAAUGCAAAGAGAGAUGCAGGAUAUGAUGAAAGUGUCUUUUAUCUCGUAGAGUAACGAUUACAAUGCUAACAAUGUUGUUUCAAACUAACCACCUGAGAAUAUCAAUCAACCUGAGCAUUUAAUUAAAUGUAUUUACAGACAGAGUA